CUCGUCGUGACUUCGGUCAGAUUCAUCUCUGAGGGCCAUGGCAGAAGAGGGAGUCACUAUUUCUCAUGGAAUCUCAUGCCCGGCACGAAACAAGCUGCAUUUUGAAAAAAAGGGCCCGGAAAAGUGCACAGAAAUCCAUAACUUGUUUGCCUUGCCAGGACCUGGACUGCAGGAACUUAAACUGGACACCAGGAGCAGUACUGGAUUUGUAGGCAGUGGCGAGGAUUUAGGAGAGCCCCUGUUUCGAAUCCUCUUGGAUGUGACUCAGUUUAAACCUGAAGAUAUUCUAAUCCAGGUGUUUGAGGGGUGGCUGCUGGUCCGAGGGCAACACGAUACACGGAUGGAUGAGCACGGCUUUGUGUCACGGAGCUUCACCAGACAGUACCAGUUGCCUGAUCACCAAAUGCAGGCAGGAGACCUGACAGCCAUGCUGUGUCAUGAUGGAAUACUGGUGGUGGAAACCAAAGAAAGAUGGUGGGCAGCAUCUGAUUAGGUCUUGGUAAAACUUGACCGCAGGCUUGACCGCGUGCAUCGAGAAAGGAAAGGAUGUCAUUUUUAAGAUUGCAGUUAUUCUCUGAGUGGUAAAAGAAGAUGAGUGAAAUGCUGUGUGUGUGUGUGUGUGUGUGUGUGUGUGUGUGUGUGGUUGUGUGCUGUAAUCACUGUGGGUUGUGCCAGGGUAUAAACAGUGUAUUAUUUAGCAUUUAUUUGACCAUUUUAAUUUCUUUUAACUUACAAUAUACUCUUUUCCAGUAUGUACAAACAACUGUAUUAAAAGAUGGAACUGUAAAUAAUAAAUAUACGCGUACUGUAUAAACCUUGAUGAUAUGUUGUUAAACUCAUGAUAUUUCUGCACCCAAGGAAAUAACACAUGUUAAAGUAUUUAUACUUUGUCUUUCCCGCUUUGAAUGCAAAAAAAAUACAUUCUUUAAUAACCUGUGGUAUGCCAAAUAUUUGCCUUUAUAAC